GGGGGGAGGUAACGUGGACCUUGGUUGAACUUCCCUCGAUCCGAGAAGAAGCAGCAUGAUGAUCACAAAGAUUGAGGCCAAGGAGGCCUGCGAUUGGCUGCAAGCGGCCGGCUUCCCUCAGUAUGUGCAAUUAUUCAAAGACUGCAGGGUUCCCAUUGACAUCGAGUGGGCAAAGCGGGAUCACCACUUCCUGGAUGAGGACGCCCUGGAUUCGCUCUGCAGGAGAUUAAGCACUCUAAACAAAAGUGUGGAAAUGAGGCUGGAGCCGAGAUCGAAACGCAGGGGCGAAGACUUGAAAGAAGAGGACUUCUGCGCCAUCAGCCCCAACUGGACCUACGACAGGCGGGCCCGGCGAUGGCGACGCCUCGACCCCCCCCCGGGGGACAUCGCCUCCGUCCGGAGCUCCGGCAGCGCCGAGAGCGAGGGCCGCCGCUCUCGCCGCUCCUCGGCCCACGGGAUGCUGCCGGCGGACCCCUCGGUCGCCGGAGCCCCCUCCUCUUCCCCCGAAGGGCGCGGGGGUCGGGGAUUGCACGCCGCGAGGGCGGAUGUCGAAGGCCGCUACCCGGACAAACCGCCCAGGAAGAAGGGGACCAGCCUGCUGAGGAAGAUGGAGAGACUGAGACUGAGGGCGCCGACCGGCCUCGGGGUCCAGGAGGAGGAGGAGGAGAGGAGGGCGAGGCUGCACGGCACAUCCAGCCCGCAGGUUGGACCCGACAGCCGGUCGUCUUCCUCGCCCUCGUCCCCCCACGCCGCCGGCAGCAGCGGCGGCAGCGACAGCCGCUCCGAGAGCAACAGCAGCAGCAACGUCAGCACGCCGAGCCCCGUGGCCCGGGCCCGGAGGAACUGCAAGCGCCCCAGCGGCGGCGACCACCGCAACGGCACAGAGGACUACAGGAACCAGAACAGGAACAACAACAACAACAGCAGCAGCCCCGACCGUCUGAUCUUCCAGAUCCCCAGCGGUCACAAACCGGGAACCUUCCCCACCUCGCUCGCACACAAACACAGCUCCACCUCCACCUCGGCCGUCAUCGACGACGCCUCCGUGAACUGGAGGACCGGGAGCUUCCACGGUCGCCGCGGCGGCCCGCUCGCCGCGGCGGAUCAUCGGCUGAGCGUCUACGACAACGUGCCCGACGACCAGCCGCCGUCCGCGGGCGAAGGCGGGAGUGUCGCUGGUGCAGGAGGGACGGGGGAGGAGUCAGGGGGGAAUCUGUUGUUGGCCGGUGAAGACGUCUUCUCCGCUCUGGACGGCGUUCUGGAGAGGAUCAGCAACCUCCAACAAAUGGUGUCCACGUGGUCCGAGAAUCUGUCCGAGGAGGACCGUCAGAGAGGCUCCUCCUCCUCCUCCUCGUCAACAUCUUCCUCCCAGGACUCACCUGGUCGCGGCUCAUCGGCGGCCUCCCCGUGCCCGUCUUCCCCCAGCCACGUCCACCUGGAGGAGGAGGAGGUGGAGGAGGAGGAGGAGGAGGAGGGGGAGGGAAAAAGCCCGGAGGAGGGACAAUUGAAUGGAGAAGAGCCAAAGACCAGAUCACCACAGCCCAGGUGCAGGUGAGAGAGCUUGCAGUGUAAUUCAUCCCUCGAUCUCAUAUUUCAUCAAAAAGGAAUCCAACAAUGGAUUGGGCUUCUCUUUGUCUUUGUCCUUCAACUGAAUUAAACGUUAAUUUGUUUGCUAGAUGUUGAUCUGCAUCAAUGUUCAGUUGAAAGAAAUACAAGCGACACUUUAAAUCCCCCUGAAUAUUUGUAAGCGGACGCUGAUGAUGACAGUUAUGGUGAUUUAUUCCCUAGGCUCAAACCACAGUGUAGGUGGAAUCACUAUGAGGCACUAAAGAUAAACGCAGUAAGCACACGGUGAACAGUUUUGAUCGCCUCCUUUUAUAGGGCGGCUGUUAUCUCUUUUCGUCACAUAUUUGUUCUCUGAUACAGAGCGAUAAAAAGCCAUGAGGCCUCUCUCGUGCGGUGAAGUCGGCCUCAUCCUCGUUGUUUGCUGAUAUGUUGGGAAAAAAGUGAAAUAUCGGCUCCCCUCCCAAUAAGGAAAAUGAAGGUUUUUCAUAUAUGUGCAGGGGAUGUCAGACUUGCAAUGAAUAAAGUUCGAUAUUCAUGCUCUCCAGCGGGUAGACCUUGAUUACUUUAACUGCUCACCUCGCCCCCGCCAGCAUGUGAAAAUGUUCUACCUUAUUGAACAUCUGUGAUGGUGGUGAGGGUAAAU